AUGGCAGUGAAAUUGGGCUCUGUAAUGCAGCUGCUGCUGGCACUACAGAACCUCAAAGGCAGGAGUGAUGGCCAACAUCUCCCAUUGCUACGUUCAGGAGGUGAUGGAGCCCUUAUUGAGAAGAGAAGUGAUUACAUUGAGAAGCAGUAUGAAAGGGAGCACGGCUUUGCCAGGACAGCAGGCUUCCCAAUGAUGCAGGAAGACUGUCUGGCGGCACGGCGGCUGGUGCAGAACGUGGUGACCGGCAGCCCCAAGCUCACCCUGGCUGCUGCAAAUUACUCCAAAACACAUCUGGCUACCUUCUGGAAAUAUGCUCGAGUGGAGCUGACUCCUCCAACUUCUGGAGAAAUCCCAGUGGCUGUUGAAAGCUUCAAGGGUCUUGUGGCAUCAUUUAAGGCUGGGAGUUACAAACAAAUAACUGUAAAGGAUGCCCUGAGGAACACACUUGUGGCCACAGAAAUUGUGAUGUGGUUUUACAUUGGCGAAGUCACUGGCCAAAGAAGCCUGAUUGGAUAUAAUGUCUGA